AUGGCAUCGACAUCACGACCCCGCGCCUCCCCCGUACCACCCGUUCCCCCCUCCCCGAGCCUCACCGUCAACAGCACAGACUCGGACAGUUCCCGAGCCUUCGCCAAGCCCCCCUCGUCGCCUUCGGUGCACAGCUCCAUCUCCUCUGCUCGUCUUCCCCAACAGUCCCUCCCGCCAGACAGCUACAGCGACUCAUACAGCAACGGCAACGGCUUCAGCCAACAGUCGGGUCAGAACGGGCAGCCAUCACCGUCACCACCGCUCACGAGCCGGCCACCUCACCAUGCCCCAGUCCCUUCAGAACCUCUCCCGGACUCGCUGUUAUGUCGCUCGACCUUUGCUGCGCUCGAGCACUCGGCUGGCACGCUGAAGCAUCUCGCCAAGACGGUGCUUACCGCCAGCGCAGCUUAUGUUGCCCUCCUGGAACAGCUCGAGACGGCAGAGGACGAGUUGUUGUCAUCUCUCGGCGAGCUCGGCCGCUGGCUAGAGGGCGGGUACGGUGUCCAGGGUGAUGUCUUUGACAAUGCCAAUGGUAUCCGCAAGGUUGCCCGAGAGCGUCGUGCUCGUGAACGAGAGGACCUGCAAGAGAUGGUGCUGCACUCGUUGAGCGCCGUCAAGGGCGAAAUCAAGCGCCAGGGACUGACCGGCGCCGGCAGUCAACAACACAAGUUCGAGAGCGUCGCGAAGCAGUACUACUCGGACACGGCCGCCUACCUGUCGUCAUCAUCUGGGAUAUCAUCAAAUGCGGGUUCGAGCUCGGCAGACGUUGCCCAGGCGACCCGAGCCGCCCAGUUCGACCUCGCGCGCUACAACCACCAUUCGACGCUUCUGUACGCCGUGCCGCCGAGCUCUGUUGUGUGUCUUGACCUUCUGGUCGGCAUGUAUGGCUGGGUCGGCAGCCUCCUGAGCCAGGUACCGGGUAAGCGGGCAGACACACACCCUCCGCCUCACGAGCCGACCGACUUUGGGCGACAGCAGGCGAGCGGCGUCGACACGCCCACACAGCGCGGCCGACAGUUAGCCGUGAGCGAGACGCCCGUGCGCCUGUUGUCUCGCGACGAUGCCAGUGCCCGUGGCUCGUUUGACGCCCUCACGCGGUCGUUGACGCUCUCGCUCGCCCACCUCCACCACGUUCGGAACGACCUGCUGCAGGGCUGGGCUGCGAGGGAACAGCAGACGACGGUGCUCGAGAACGCCGCGAGCAAGCUCUCGGGCAACGGGCUCGAGACGCCGCGGCCGCGUGUGCUCCCGACGAGCUCGACGGAUCUCGCUGCUCUCAACGCAAGCAAGGAGCACAAGGGCAAGAAGAUUAACAAGAUCCUCGGCGGACGCAAGAUCCGCGGUCUCUUCUCCUCGACAAACGCGACGUUCACGCAUCUUCCCUCGGCCCAACCGCUCGUCGAGCGCGCCCCGCCAGUGUCAUCAGCCAACGUCCCGCCCUUCCCCUACACGACGCAGAACUUAUCCCCGCGGCGAAGCUAUGAGCAGCUCGGCGACGUGCCGCCGCUCGGCACACCAGACGGCUCCCCGACAAUCUCGGACGGUGGUGAUGGACAGCUGCCCCUCCCCCCGCGACCUCCUAGAAGUAGCUCGCGUCACGCGGCGCGCCACUCGAUUCAGCCCGGCGUCAAGGUGUACCGGUCCCCGUUCCUGCCGGCCGACAGCGCGAACAAUGUCGGCAACUACGACUCGCAGCGCUCUGUCGCGCUCGCUGACACGGCCGCAAAGCUGACCGCCGACCACCACAAGCAGCCGAGCACGUCGCCGUCGCUCGGUGGAGUUGGCGGCAUCAGUGGAAUGGGCGACGAGGACGAGCAGCGCGAGCUCGCCGGACGAAAGAAGGAGGGUGUCCUCUGGGGCAUCUGGGUCGUGCUGGCACACUCCAAGAUGUACGAAUACAAGGACGGGGGCCCUAACAAGCCCGAGUCGGCUUCGACCGUGAUCGACCUCAAGUUUGCGAGCGUACGCGAGGGUCGUGGCACCGACCGACGCUUCGUGUUUGAAAUCGUGACGCCCUCGCACGGCAGAAGGCUAUACCAGGCCCUGUCCGAGGCGGACAUGAAGACGUGGAUCUAUGCGCUGUGCAACGCUAUCGAAGCCUGUAUUAACGGUACAUCGACACUGCGGUCUCUGAACGACGUGAAGAAGCUGGCCCCGCCGGACUUUGACGACGACGACACACUGCCUGUCCGCAAGGGGUCGGGUCAGUCCGACCGUGAUCGAAGACUGCCCAUUCCGCCAGCAGUCAAGCAGAACACGAGCCGGCACUCUCUCCCCGCCCCGCCGCGGCCGGCACCGCCACGAGGCGAGAGCUCAACCCCCCGCGGCGGACAGCACAGGCAAAGCCUGAAGAAUCGAAUCAAGUCAUCAGCCGAACUUGCAGGCGACAAGCUCGGAAGCAAGAGCGGCGGCAAGGCAAACCGCAACUCGAUGGACCUCCAGCAACGCCCGGCAUUUAUGUAUGCUAACAGCUUCAACCACCGGGAAGAGUACUACGACAUGGAGAGCGACAUUGAGCGGAGAGUGUACGAGAUGGCGGGGCUGCAGCGGGACGCAAGGGAUGCACGCGAGCAGGCUCCCAGCUCAUCAGGGCAUAGCCAGGCGCAGUACAGCCAAACGUCACACAGCCAGCAGGGCCAGCCGCAACCGCAGUAUCCGGACACAAACUUGGCCAGUCUCCGCGCUCUCUCGCCCGUACUCGGCUCCCCUGGUCUCCCACCGGGCAUGGAGGAACAGGCUGACGUCGAGCCUGCGAAGCUGGACAAGGCGCUCCUCCGCCAGAUCGCUGAUACGGGCGCGAAUGCGCGAUGCGCGGACUGCGGGAAGCGGACAAAGUCGUCUCGAUGGGCGACGCAGAGUGAGUCGAGCUUUGCAUAUCAGGGCAUCAAGCUGACAGGCAGGUCUGAGGGAUAUGCCAAUGGUCAUGUUCCUGUGUAUCCGUUGUUGUGGACUGCUAACACGCAGCACCGCGGUCUUGGCACGCACAUUUCCAAGCCGCGGAGUGUGGACCUGGACAACUGGGCACCCGAGGCGAUCCAGCUUGCGCAGGACUGGGGCAAUGCACGGGGCAAUGCGUUCUGGGAGCGGAACAAGCCCAUUGACUGGGUACCGAGUGACGAGGACAUUCAAGACUAUAUCCAGGCCAAGUAUGUGGAGGCGCGGUGGGUCGCGGAAGUGGACCGCGAGCUGCUUGGUCUGUAG